UUGUAAAUGGUUUGCAUUAGCAUCGUCAGUGAUGAGCAGAAAGUGUCGAGGAAACCCCAGACAACGAAAGCAGCUCUUGUUCAAGCUCCGUUUCAAAUGCGCAAAUCUGAACAUUGAUGAAUGAAACCAAAGACAAUGGAGGAGGAAAGUCAAAUCAACUUCAAAGCUCUGAGGGCCAAGUUUCAGGAGGAUGCUCUUCUGGCCAAGUCACAAAACACUGGUCCAAUUUUAGCGGAAAAACCCAAAAUGCUUUCGGGUGCCGGAGGCCACUGUGUUUCAGGGGUGAGCCGUAUCAAUCACUCCUCUAAUAGCAAAACCGCAGUGGUUCCCAGAGUUUUUGUCAGAGAUGAACUGCCAGGUCCUGGGGCAAAGCGCCCAAUUUGUUUUCCACCUCAACCUUUGGCGAGCUCUCCUUCUUCUCAGCCCAUUAAUGAAGACGGCGCAAAAAGGCAAUCACUGAAAGAACGAUACACGCCUCCUGUGCCUCCCGUGCCUCCCGUCUUCUAUUCUAAACAGUGGAAGACCGACCAGUUCACCAAAAAAGACUUGCAACAAGAAAAAGAGACGGCGAGAGAAAUUACUCCUCCAAUAAAAUUCAGGAAGAGUAAUUUGGUGCUUUCUUUUAAGUCAUCUAAAGUAUCAAAGUAUAGCACGGAAAGUGAAGAGGAACCCUCAUAUGCUGAACUGACCACCAGACCUCGCCGUACUCCUGGCGAGCUGGGAAAAAGGGUUCAAGAAAAGCAGAACUCAAAAGAUUGUGUUUCACUCCAAAUAACCAGAGAAUGUGGCCUCUUCAGUCCAGAAGUCUCUGUCACUCCAUCGUCAACAGAGAUGAAUGUUGACUCUGGUAAUUGCCUUGCCAGCACCCUGGAGAGGGCCAAGAAGUUUUCCCAGCACCACAUAUUGAUUUACAAUAAACCAAAGGCUCUACAUUUAUCUGACUUGGCAUCAAGCGAGAGGACAUUCCUUUCGCCGCCUAAGACUGACUUCACUGCACGUCCAACUCCAGUUGUCGGUCUCCCACACCUGGCUUGCAUUUCUGCCCGUCCUUUCUCAAAAGUCAGCAACUCUGCUCGCGAGCCUGCAUUGACUAAGAAGUAUCACCAGGAUAAAGCGGAACCACCUUAUACCACUGCUGAACUUACUUCCCAUCCAAAUAGUCAAAAGAAUCUUCUGCCUGACUUGAAGUCACUGGGACCAAAGCCAUUAAAGCCUCCCAGACCUCCAUUAGUAGCACUUAGACGUUACUACCAACUGGCAUUUAAUGAGGUGUUAAAAGAUACUAUUCAAGAGCCAACUACAGUUCCAAUUCAAGUGCCAACUAAAGUUCCAGAGUCAGAAAAGCCAAUAUGCAGUGCUAUCCUGAAUGCUCCAAUGUUUCCCGACUUCAAGAACACAGAGAUGGAGCCUAUGGAUAGUGAAGCUGUAGAUUUUGCCACUCUAGACCUAGAGCCCCUACAUUUGGGAGGCUUUAGCACUCCGCCUCCAGCGCCAACUGACUGUAUAUCCAAGGCUUCCCAAUCUGACUUGUGCCUUUCCACGGGACUCAAUGAAAUCCGUGCUGUUCCACAGUUAAAACGUGGCAGAAUACUUCCUCCUUUAAACAGUUUGCCUGAGCCAUCAUCAAAUCUGACGGAGUCCAUCAGACAGGACCAAAGGAGCAAAGGUGAGGAUGUGAUGGUACCUUCUCCCCAGACCUCUCAGACCAACAAGGCUGGACAGUCAGUUGAGUCCCAAUCUGCCCGAGAUGAAACGGAGCUCGGCCUUCAAGCAAUCUUAUCUAAAGAUGAUAUUCACACGCAUACAAGCGAACAAAACUAUGAGUGUGAUAAUGUGUAUGAAGAUGUGGAAAGCAUCAGCAAAUUCUUCUUUUGCCAGAAUUCACACAAGCAGAAAGGCCACCUUAAAAAUCCAUAUGCUGACAACAGCCUUCCUGCGAAAGAAGAGACGUCCCAUACUUGGCCACGAAAACCAUGGGGCAGCAUCUCUGGAGAACACUCAUCCGAUAAUCAUACUAACCGUAAGGAAUGUCAAAGUCCGAACACUGCUGAGUCCAAGGAAAUGAAGAAAAAGGAGAAGCAGCGAUUGGAGAAGGAGAAAAAGGAGCAAAAAGAGAGAGAGAAGAAAGUACAUGACAUGAAAAAGAAGUUCAAAGUUACUGGUGAUGAAGAGCCCAUGUACCAUGCUAAGGUGGUGCUGGCAAAUAAAGUCAGAAAGAAUGACCUACCUGUUCAAAGCGGGGACACAGUGAGCAUAAUUCGUACUACCAACUGUCCCAGAGGCAAAUGGUUGGCGCGGAACGCGUGCCACAAAUAUGGCUACAUUUCGGUGAUGAACAUCGAGCUAAAUAUCAAGGAGAUGCUGGAACUUGGUAAAAAGGCCCAAGCAACUGGACGUGGUAGUAACCUGGAGGAAGACACCAUAAGCGUUGGCAGCAAAUCCUCAAGCCACCUUGUUGUCACAAGCAGCUUCACAGACGACAGUGAGGAGUGGGCAUGUGAAGAUGAGACGCUCUUGCCCUGCUAUGAUAGCAAUACAAGACAUGAAGCCUUGCAGAAGCUUACCACCUUCUUUGAACUCGGAAAAGAUGAAUCUGGUGAUAUUCCUGAUGUUGGAGUUCCAACCCUGACUAAGUAUAAUAUUCUAACUACUACAUAA